CCCCCCUUGACCCUUUUCUCCAACCAAACAAAACAUAAAAGUUGGUGCCUUCCUCACACCGACCGGGUUAACUUAAAAAAAAAUUUACCGGUAAAACCCCUCUUGAGAUGAGAGAGAGAGAGAAAUCUGAGAGAGAGAUCGUACCUCCACAAAUUGAUUUGAGGAAACUGAAAAUGGAAGUAAAAAAAGAAAGCCAGAAGGGGGCUAAAUCUUACACCUUAAACCCUUAUGCGAUUUGUUCGUCUUUUCUAUACAAACCCUAAAAAGGCAGCGAAAGACGUCAGAGCUUCCGGUGGAAGUAACCGCCGACAUAUGAAACCCCUUCUGAGGUUCAGGUGCGUAUCCAAACCAUGGCGUGCUCUGAUCGACAGUGCACAUUUCAUCAAAUCGCAUCUGAAUCUAUCCAUCGAAAUCAACGCCAAUCUCAGCGUCAUACUUAGAGAUCGUUAUGGAUUUCGACUCGUUCGAUCGUGUUAUAAAGCUUGACCACCCCUUGAAGUUGAAAGCACCUCAAGAAUUGGGCUCUUGCAACGGUUUGUUCUGUUCCUAUUACACACAGCAACACAUUAUGCUGUGGAACCCUUCGACCCGAUUGGAUUCUGUUUAUGGUGAGAUUGGUACAGUUUUAUAGCAGAAAUGAUGGUUCAAUUGAUUCUGAAGUUAAGGUUUAGAGUUCGAAAUCAAAUUGAUGGCGAACGAUCCAAGAUUUUCCUUAUUCCCUCCGACACUUGUCACUGAAUGCUGUGGUUGUUAAUGGGGUUUUGCACUGGGUUGUGACUCGUAAACCCAAAUCGGACACGGCCGGUUUGAUUGCUGCUUUUGAUCUUGGGGUUGAGGAGUAUAGGUUAGUGCGAGUGCCUGAUUAUUUGGAUAAAGAUUUUUGUAGGAAUGUGAGGGUGUUAGGAGAUGCCUUUGUGUAAUUUGCAAUUAUGCUAAUGCUAGAGGCCGAGUUGAUAUAGGGGUGAUGAAAGAGUAUGGAGUAAACGAAUCUUGGACUAAAGUGUUAUCUGUUGAGCUGCUGAGUUUAUUUACUAGGUUUUAUGAUUUUGUGAGGCCUCUAGCGUAUUCAAAGAGUGGUGGGGAAGUACUUCUCGCCUGUGACAAUGCAAGACUUCUCUGGUUCGACUUGAAAAGCCAAACAGUCAAGAAUGAUGUUUGGAUUCAUGUUGUGCCAAGUUCAUUUGAAGCUGAUGUUUGUUUGGGAAGUCUAGUUCCUCUCCAUGAUGGUGGAUGUGAUGAAAACAAUCAGCAAGCACAAAAGAAGGAUAGAAAGGGAAGAUUUGACUUCCUGUCAAAGGGGUUCAAGCUGGUGCUUUAAGCAACUGGAAGAAGAAACUAAUUUGAAGCGAGAAGGUGGAAAGGAUGUUUUUCAUAAUGUAUUAUGGGCCUUUUUUUUGUGAAGUCAAGUUAUGUAGUAGUUAAAAAGAUUUAAUCAUAUUUGUCCGUUGAAAGCUAUAUUUACUAUAGUUUUAAGAGUUGGAACCUUAUGUUGUUGCAUAUUUCCAUCUUUAUUCAUAUAUGGCAGCUUAUUAAGUUUGUUCAAA